CAUAAAAAAGUUUCGGAAUAUUAAAAGAUAUUGAAAUUUGUUUUGGCUGUAAGAAAUUAUUUUAAAAAAUUACACAACACAUUAAUUUGAAGAAGUCUACAUAAUAGUUAAGCAUGAAACGUGACGGCUUUUCUCGAAUGGGUGCAUUUGCUGCUAUUGAGCAAGAACUUGAGAAAGUAAAUCAAGAGUGCUCAGGGACACCGCAGAAAAAUGAUGCCAAUUUACCUGGCAGUGCGUUCUCUUCCCAAUGGAAUAAAACUUACUCACCGCCAGAGAAUGGGUAUAAUCCUGCUUUUUGUCGUGGAGGAAGCUUUAAUGGUUUUACGCCAAAUCCAAAAUGGAAGAAUUUUAAAUUGAGGAAAGGUUUUAAACUACCUAAGGAGAAUAAGGAAAGCGAUGAAAAUGAAUCAGACCAUAGUGAAUAUAAUGUAGCUUCUGAUCAGCAAUAUACAUCACGUGUGGAACCACCAUGUAACCACUUUUCUUAUUCAUCAGAUAUGACAAGUGCUUCUGAAAUGGGUCAACGUGAUUUCUCAAUGGGAGUGCAUUUUAAUAUUGUAAUGCUUCUUGGUCUUAUUACAGGACUUUUUGUUUCAAAGUUUCUGCAAUAUCUAGAGAUGUACUUUCGCUGGUUUCAAGUUCAGAUUGAGCAACUGCGUCUAGCGGUUUUGGGCCGACAAACUAUUUGGCAACUUUGCAAUUUUGAUGAUGAGUCAAAUUAUUCUGCCCGUACCAAGAUUGUGAUGUUGCCAAUCGCUCUUCUUUUUGGUUUAGUUUAUGGAUUUUUUUUCAUAAUGCAUUGGGUUAUACGUUUCAUGCGUACUCAAGCUCCGAGUGGAUUAGUUAAAUUCAUAAAUAAACUACAACGAGAUGCUUAAUAGUACGACUUCUUUAAUUGAUGUUUUCAGAAUUGGUAUAUCAUGAUUUGUUCCUGAUAUUUUCCCUUUUGAAAUAAUGUGUAAAUAUGUAUAACAGUUAAAUGAUAUAUUAAAUUAAAUUAAAUUAA